AUGGUGAAUCGUUGUGUAGUGAAUGGUUGCACAAGUGGCAGUGUAAGUGAUCGUAAUAAACAUAGCAAAUUGGGUACGAAAAAUCCAUCAUUAUUUACUGUGCCACAGCACCCUGAUCUGUUGGAAUUAUGGGAGUCUGAACUGAAUCAAAAAUUGGUUCCCAAAAAAAAUUAUGUUUGUGAAUUACACUUCAAUGAAGAGGACAUUAUAAAAAGUGAUAAGAUAAAAACGGCCAAUGGUAUCAUUGAAGAGUUAGUGAGGAAAAGAUAUGCACUCAAACAAGGUGCUAUUCCAACUUUGAAUCCUAAAAAAUUAAGUGAGAGUAGAAAUACUAAAGAUGUUAAUAGUCCGAAUAGUCCGAGUACUGAACCGGUUGCGAGUGAACCUAAUAAUAUCGUUUAUAUAAAUGAAAAUUGUUCGCAUCAAGAUAGUGAAUUGCAAAUUGAUGAAGAUUGUAACAACAACUAUGAUCGUCUUGAAAACUUUAAUUCAAGAAUAAGCUCUGAAGAGAUUAAUCACGAGAACCAAGAACCGGUAUAUGAAUUACCUAUUUCGGAAGUAAAUAUUGAAGAGUUUUCACUUCAAACAAUUGUAAAUGCAUUAAAAUUUAAUGCUUUACCUGAAAAUUGGAGCUGGACAACCGAUUUGCUAGACUCUAAGAAACUUGUCUUGUGUUAUAUAGACAAAGUUUCUAUGAAAUUGAAGUUUCGCGUUAAAAUUAAUCAAAACUUUAAAGUCUGGCUGAGCAAUAUUAAAACUGAUAAGUUGAUUGACUUGAACAAAAGUUUUUCAAAUAUAUCCGAUUUCUGGAAUUUUUUAAGAGAAUCGGUGAAAUAUACGUUAUGUGACGGAACUGGAUUUGAUACAGAAAAAUGUUCUUCGGAUUGCACUGGUGUGCCAUUAUCUCAUGAAGAGUACAAAAAGCAAAUGAAUGGUUUUCGUUGUGUAGCUUGUCGAAAAGUAAGAAAUAAAUUACAGAAUCAAUCUUAUAAAACCAAGUCUGAUUACAAAGAGCGUUAUGAUAAUUUGAAGUACCAGGAGAGUCUUAAAAAUAAACAAAUUGAACGUCUCCAACGCAAGAAUAAGUUGCUCAAAAAAAUAAUUGAUACACAAAAAGCCAAUUGCUUAGCUAUCAAAGAUGAUGCUUUAAGAGCUGAAAUUUCAAUUUUACCUCCUAUACAACAACUUGCAAUACGUGUUUGUUUCAACGCUGCAAAAGUAUCUAAUCCGAAGCAGAGAAGAUAUACGGUACAGUGGGUGUAUGAAUGUCUUUUACUUCGCAUUAAAAGUGCAUCUGUGUAUGAUAGAUUAAGAGAACGAGAAAUUUUAACGCUUCCGUGUAAAGACACUCUUAACAGAUAUAUACAGAAAUUGAACAGUGCUUUUGGCUUUCCUAAAGCUGUGUUUGACACUCUACGUAUAAAAAGUGGAAGUAUGGAAGUACAUGCGAAACGGGGUACACUUCUAAUCGACGAAGUAGCUUUAAGCGAAGCCAUCAAGUUAAAUCGAAAAACCAUGCAGCUAGAUGGCUUUGUCAAUUUAGGAGCACAUACACCACAAAAUCUUCAGGACACGCGGGCUGAUCAUGCCCUAGUGUUCAUGUUCCAGCCUUUCCAAGGUGAUUGGGUGCAAGUUGUUGGCAGUUUCCUCAGUAGGAAUUCCGUAACUAGUGCUAUUCUACACAAAUUACUCAUAGAAUUUAUAAUACUAUUGGAAAAUGCUGGGUUGUUUGUGGAUGUUAUUACCUCAGAUGGUGCACAGUGGAAUCGAGGAGCGUGGACACUUUUUGGUAUCAAAGAUGGUCAAUGUAGCUGUGAACAUCCAUGCAACUCUGAUCGAAGACUAUACUUUGUUUCAGACUUUCCACAUUUAAUUAAAUGUUUUAGGAACAAAAUUUUGGAGAAAUUGUUUUUUUGGACACCGGAUGGUUUUGUAAAGAAAAGUCACUGGGAAACUCUGUUAAUUCAUGAAAAUUAUCUCAAAGCCAAUUUGAAAAUAGCUUAUAAACUAACUCCACAACAUUUGAAUCCAGAAGGUUAUCAAAAAAUGAACGUUCCUUUGGCCUAUCAGUUAUUUUCCAAAGACAUUCAAGUUGCCAUGAAAGUAUAUAAAAAUAAAACAGAAGAGCUGAGAGACUGUGACUGUACGAUUGCUUUCAUCGAAAAAGUGAAUAAUUUAAUUCAAGCGAUGAGUUCACGUACGCCUUCAGGUGCUUUGCGUUCAGAUCCGGAGUGUCCUCGAAGAAGGUUUUUUCGCAAUAAUAUAGCGAAAAUUGCAAUUUUUAAAUGGAGACUCAUUAUCAACAUUAAAAAUUCAAUAUUUGUGUACUUAAAUAUUGGAAUGAAAACUGAAACAAUACAUCAAGUUUGUGCAAUAACUGACUUUUUAAGUUAUUUAAAAAUUUGGGAAGCUAAAGCAAAUGAGGAGAAAGAACUUAAUAAAAAGAAUAAGAAGAAGAAGAAGAAGAAACAAAAAGAGAAUAAUGAAAGUGACGAAAAUGAAAAAUUUUUCUUUGCCAUUACUCCCAGUACACUAAAUGGAUUAAAAAUUACGUUGCAAUCGACUCUUGAGUUGAGUGACUUUCUGCAAAGAGAGUGCAACUUUGAUUAUUUAAUGACGUCACGCCUAAACCAGGACCAAUUAGAAAAAUUCUUUGGCAUAAUGCGAAGUGUUUGUCGGUGCAAUGACCACCCUGAUACCAUUCUUUUCGGGCAAGUUUUUCGUCUAUUAUGUUCCUACUCAUUGGUCACCCCACCGAAAGGGUCCAACGUUACUGCUGGCGAGCUUCUUCAAUCUUUUAUGCAGACAAAAGAAUCUUUUGCUGCUGCAAAUACGUUGAAAAAAAAUUGGCUUGCAGAUAUUGAUGCUGUUAUUGAAAAUGGGAUUGUUAACAACGAAGCUUCAUUUCCCGGAGAUAUCAAUGGUAAUACUGCCCUUCAAAAGGUUUCUGUUGCUAAAACACCUUUCGAGAGUGUGCUUGACGAAGAUAGUGAUGAAGAAGCUGUGGACAAUGGUUGUUCUUUUGUUAGAAAACCAUUUGAAAGUAUUUUAGAUGAAGACAGUGAUUGUGAUGUUGAUGAAAAUGAACAUUCACAUCAGGAUUAUUACGACCCGUUUAAUGAUUUAUUGGACAUGGAAAAUUCUAAUGGUAACUCUUUAGAUGAGUGCCAAGAGAACACUGAUCGUAGUCAAGAUGAAGAAGAAGAAGAUCCCGAUUUUCGUGAUGAUCCACAUUAUCAUCAUGAUUAUGAUGUUGUUUCUACAAGUGAUGGUGUAGUAGCUUACAUCGCUGGAUAUAUGGCGCGAAAAGUUCAACGAUUAUCCCCAUGUUGUGACUGCAUCGAAACCUUACGCUCUGAUAAUCCUUCUCAACGUGCCGAAGUCAUAGAAUUAAUGAGCAAUGGUGAAUUGACAUUUCCUAGUGAUAAUCUUUUUAAAUUAAUAAGAAAACUCGAGAAAAUUGUUCUAACUGUUGUCGGUACUAAAACAGUGAAUAUAAAUACCAUGCAUAAAGUUUUAGAGAGAGUAGCUAGAGCUAAGUAUUUACCUAUUUUAGGCUGUGAUACUCAUAAAAAAAAAACUUAUGGCUAAGAUUUUAA